CGCUGCUGCGCGAUAAUGAAGCGUGUGGAGAUUUGCUACAUUUCCAUCCUAUUUGCGGUGACAUACAUCUCUCUUGCUCACGCAGAUUAUGCGCCUUAUUUCUACGACAAUGCUCCCAACAGCACCAACGGGAACAUGGCUAUGUUGAGCAUUCCUGAAGACACACUUAUAGGGUCCCAUGUAUACACUUUAAAUGGUACUGAUCUGGAAGGGAAUUCUGUUGCAUAUGACAUGACAUUUGAACCAGGAUCGAAAAACUAUUUUUCAGUGGAUCCACAAACCGGGAAAGUCACUUUGGUGGAAGAGCUGGAUAGAGAGAAAGAAGAUGAAAUUGAGGUGCUGGUCAGCAUUUCUGAUGGUGUUAAUAAGGUUGUCGAAACGGUUCGGAUACUUGUAACAGAUGCUAAUGAUGAGAGCCCGGAGUUUAUUAAGACACCUUACAUCAUUAAUGUACCUGAGAACGCACCACCUGGGGCCAGUAUCUUCAAGGUAUAUGCUGUGGACAAAGACAAUGGAUCUGGAGGCAGUGUCACCUACUUUCUGCAGAACAUGCGCAAGAGCAAAUUUACCAUUGACCGAUACAGUGGAGUUAUUCAAAUAAAGCCCAGCACAACUUUGGAUUUCGAGAAAUCCAGGGUUCAUUUUGUCACCGUGAUCACCAAGGAUGGUGGGGGGAAACACAGAGGAAGGCAUCAGAUCUGCUCAUCAACUGCCACAGUAACAAUUAACGUUGAAGAUGUGCAGGACACCCCUCCUGUAUUCACCGGCACCCCGUAUUUUGGAUAUGUGUAUGAAGACACAGAGCCCGGUUCGGAAAUACUUAGUGUGGCGGCUCACGAUGGAGACAGGGGGAACCCGAACCCAAUCCAUUACUCGAUUGCACAUGGCAAUGAUGGAUCCUUUGAAAUAAAUAAUACAAGUGGGGUCAUCACUCUUCUGCAAAGUACAGAACAUCUUCAGAAGGAUGUUUACAAACUAUUAGUUCAGGCUUCAGAAGUCAGUCCAGAGGUGGACAUGCUGGCGUUUAUGACAGCCAUAGUGACCAUCCAAGUGGUGGAUAUCAACAACCACCAGCCCACCUUCUAUGGCGAGCAUGGACCCCAGUCGCAAUUCGAGAUCACAAUGUCUGAGCACCCGCCAGAGGGAGAAAUACUACGUGGACUGAAAAUAACAGUGAAAGAUUAUGAUCAGGGGCCAAACUCACAAUUCAUCCUCACGUUGGUGGGCGCUGGUGGAAGAUUCAGAGUUAUUCCCCAAACCGUCCUGAGUGAAGCCCAAGUCACACUAAUAGUGGAGAACUCGACUGCCAUUGACUACGAGAAAUCCCAAAUGUUGACUUUUCAGCUCAUCGCUGCUGAGUCGGAUACCCCAGAACAGUUCAGUUCAACAGCCGACAUUAUCGUUCACAUCGUGGAUACAAACGACAACACUCCCGAAUUCACAUCAGCUUUCUACGUCGCACGGAUUCCUGAAAAUUCACCCGGGGGCUCUCCUGUUAUCUGUGUCUCAGCAAACGACCCCGACUCAGAAAUGUGGGGAGAAGUCAAGUACUCUAUACAUGGAGCGGGAGCAGAUCUAUUUCUGAUUCACCCAAGCACAGGCGUUAUUUACACUCAGCCCUGGGCCGAGCUAGAUGCUGAAGAACAGUCCAAGUACAAUUUUCACAUCAAAGCAGAUGAUGUGGAAGGGAAGCACAGCUUGGCCGAGGUCUUUGUAACAGUUCUCGAUGUUAACGACCACUAUCCGGAAUUUACAGAGAACGUUUUGGACAAAGUUAUGAUUAUCGGAUCACCUGUAAAAGUUGAGGCCAAAGACGAGGAUGCUGAGGAACCGAACAACAUUGUAGACUACUCGAUAAUGCAAGGAGACCCAGCCAAUGUCUUCGACAUCGACCAAGCCACAGGGGAGAUCAUGUUGAAGUCCUACAUCAGGUCCCUGGAGGUCAUUCACAACAUAACCAAGACCAGGGGUGGCCACUGGUCACUGGUGGUGCAAGCUAAAGAUAGAGGCUCGCCUUCCUUCAGCACCACAGCAGUCGUGAGAAUUGACAUCACGGAGGAGACUGCUGGCAACGGGCAUUUGGCUGACUUUUUGUUGCAAUCUAAAGAUAACCCAAUGCAAGUGGUAGGAGUGGUAGCUGGAAUCAUUGGCUUUUUUGUGAUUCUGACUGUCAUGAUUUCAUCGGUGAUGUUCUGGCGGAACAAGAAGUCCAAUAGAAUUGGCCCAGUGAGACGCAUCAUAAAGCGACGGUCUGGCUGGAAGCUGCAGGCACGACGAUCAAAGUGGUUCCAGAGCAAGAAGUCGACCCAAACGCGAGGCAGCUUCAUGACUUCAACGGGCGACCCGCACCUGCAGACUGUCAGCGGCCUCAACAACCACCCAGCACUUCAACUGGCUUUGCCAAGAGCACCUAUGCUUCCACCACCCAUAUCUACGCACCCAACCAGACUCCAUAAGCCCAAACGAGACAUCCCAUCCGUGUCAGGGACCAUCAGUCCCAAAAGAAGCUUUGUCCCCCAGCAAUCAAAGGGCAAGACGGGCUCGAACAUCAACAACGCACUGGUGUCAGAACUCAAAAUGCGUCUGGAGAGAAAAAUGAAUGAAGAUGCUUCCAGGUUGUACUUUUAG